AUGGCUCGACCCAUGGGGUCUGUCCGUCUCAAGAAGGCAAAUCCGUCGACUCUCCUUCUCGGCGCCGUGCUCUGCAUUUUCAUAAUCGUCUUUCUCGUCUCCCCUUCGACGCCAACCAAGACCGCUCGUCUCACUGUCAAUACCGCAUCCCACCAUCUGUCGCCGCCAACCUCACCGUACCGCAAGUCGUCGCGACCUGGCGAGCUCGGCCCUCCCCCUGUCACCCACUACAAGCUCAACAAUGUGACAAUCACGCCCGAUCCGAUCGCCAACCAGGAGCACGUCCUCAUCCUGACGCCAAUGGCGCGGUUCUACCAGGAAUACUGGGAUAACCUGCUCAAGCUCAACUACCCCCACGAGCUGAUCACACUUGGGUUCAUCCUGCCCAAGACGAAGGAGGGCAACGCGGCAACGACGGCGCUCCAGGCGCAGAUUCAGCGCACGCAGAAGCAGGGUCCGGAAAAGGAUCGAUUCAAGAGCAUCAUCAUCCUCCGCCAGGACUUUGAGCCAGCCGUCACGUCGCAGGACGAGAGCGAGCGACACAAAAUGGCGAACCAGAAGGCGAGACGCGAAGUCAUGGCGAAAGCGCGCAACUCGUUACUCUUCACAACCUUGGGCCCUAGCACAUCAUGGGUCCUGUGGCUGGAUGCCGACAUUGUUGAGUCACCGCCCACCCUGAUCCAGGACCUGGCCUCCCACGACAAGCCACUCAUCGUGCCAAACUGCUUCCAGCGUUACUACGACAGCGACACGAAGAAAAUGUCCGAGCGACCUUACGACUACAACAGCUGGCAGGAUAGCGAGGCGGCGCAACAGCUGGCUGCGCAGAUGGGCCCGGACGACAUCUUGCUGGAGGGUUACAGGGAGAUGGCCACCUACCGUGCUCUCAUGGCGUACAUGGUGACCGAGCAGGCGGACGACAGUCUCGUGAUACCGCUCGAUGGUGUUGGCGGCACCGCCCUCCUCGUGAAGGCUGAUGUGCACCGCGACGGCGCCAUGUUUCCCCCCUUUGCCUUCUACAACCUGAUUGAGACUGAGGGGUUUGCAAAGAUGGCCAAGCGACUUGGCUGGCAACCCUGGGGCUUGCCCAAUUACAAGGUCUACCACUACAACGAAUAG